AUGUCGAGAUUAAGGCAGCAGGGAUUUCACGACAGCUUCCACCAGCCAUCAAGACCCGUUGAUCGCGAUAAAGCUGAAACUGAACUCGCUCUCAAUAUUAAGAAAGCAACGAAUACUGAUGAGACUGCACCAAAGCAGAAGCACGUUAGAAAAUGUAUUGUUUACACUUGGGAUUAUCACUCCUCACAAUCCAUUUGGUCUGGUUUACGUGUACAGCCGAUUAUGAGCGAUGAAGUUCAAACUUACAAAGCUCUUAUCGUUGUGCACAAAAUCGUACAGGAAGGCCAUCCAAUUACUUUACGCGAAAUUCAACAGCACAUCGGCUGGCUAGACACUUGCUCACGCACUGUUGGCAACUUUGGUCUUGGUUACGCUCCACUAAUUCAAGCUUACGUUCAAUUCAUCAUGUCCAAAUUGCGUUUUCACAGAAACCACCCUGAAUUCAAUGGUUUGUUUGAAUACGCUGAGUAUAUCACUCUCAAAGGCGUUGAUGAUCCUAAUGAGGGAUAUGAGACAGUUGCCGAUCUUAUGAAUCUUCAAGACGGUAUCGAUUCUUUCCAGCGUCUGGUUUUUAUGCACCUCCGUGGCAUCUCAAACAAUGAGUGCAGAAUCUCUUCCCUUGUUCCUCUCGUUAAGGAGAGUUAUGGUAUUUACAGAUUCAUCACUUCCAUGCUUAGAGCAAUGCACAGACGUGUCGAAAACGCUGAUGAGAUCCUUCAACCUCUCGUACAGCGCUUCAACGGUCAACACCAUCAAUUGCGUAAAUUUUACUACGAAUGCUCCAACCUCAAAUACCUCACCUCUUUAAUCAACGUUCCUAAACUUGGUCAGGAGCCUCCAAACUUAUGGCAGGAUCCGGAAGGUCAUGCUGAGAUGGCUGAGCGGAAAGCUUUGCAAAAGUCACCUGCUCCCCCACCCACUGCUCCAGACACCCCAUCAGUUGAUAUUGCUGAACAAGCACGUAUGCUCAAGGAGUAUGAAGAUCAACAGGCCAAGCUUCAAUCUGAGCGUGACUCGCAGGAAGCUCAACGUCAACUUCAGAUGCAAAAUCAGCAGCGUGAGUUUGAAGAACAGCAACUCCUCCAACAACAACAACAAGAAAUGGCAAAACAACAGCUUUUACAACAGCAAGCGGCACAGCAGCACAUGGGUGCAGCUGCAGAUAUGGAGCGUCAACUACUAGAGAUGAGAGGUCAGUUUGAGAGGGACCAGAUGAUGCUUCAGCAAUAUGACUCGCGUGUCAAGGCCCUUGAAAUGGAGUUGGCUGCAAUCAAUGCCAAUGUUGGAGCACAGAUGAUAGGCAAAGAUGAGCUCAUUAAGAGUUUACAGGAUCAAAUUACCAUGUGGAGAAACAAGUAUGAGGCACUGGCAAAAUUGUAUUCUCAACUACGCACUGAACACCUGGAUAUGCUUGGGAAAUUUAAGCAAAUGCAACUCAAAGCUAAUUCUGCUCAGGAGGCAAUCACUAAGUACGAACGCAUGGAACGUGAUGUCAAAGCAAAGAAUCUCGAGCUAGCAGACAUGAUACGUGAACGCGACAGAGCUCGCUUUGAUCUUGACAGACUUAAAUCAAGUCAGAAAGAUGAGCAUAGUCGUUUACGUCGUGAUCUUGACUUUGCAAAUGAGAGAGCAGAGGAUGCAACGCGCCACCGCUCCACUGAAACCUCCUCCAUGAUCAGCAGAUAUAAUCGACAAUUGAACGAGUUGGAAGAUAGUCUCCACUCAAAGCAAAUACAAAUCGAUGAGCUCCUUCAUAAGAUUGACGUGGCGAAUGGUGAAGCGGAGCGUGUGCGCGAAGAGAAAGAUGCGGAGAUUGCCAUCAUUCAAGAAGGAAUGGAUUCCACUAUCGGCAAACUCGGUGAAAUGCAAUUAACACAGGGAGAAUCAGACCAAGCACUGAAUGCACAAAUUGAUUUGCUUAUUGUUGAUCACGAUAAGAAGUUAAAGCAGAUUAUUGACAGUAUCUUCCAAGCAUGCGUGCAUAAAAUUGAUGAUGUCAAUUACGAGCUUGAGUCGUCAAUCCAGACUGGAAACCAGAAUGCAUCUCCAGAGUAUACACUAUCAAUGAUUGAAAAAGCGCAAGCGGAUGCUUCGGAAUUUGCAGUGACUUUCACAUCUUUCAUAGCACCCAAGCAGACAGCUGGGCACGUUGACGUAAUCAAGAUUGCCAAUGAGCUGUCUCAAACUAUUUGCGAGAUACUGCUCAAUGCCAAGGGAGUAACUAGGCUGACUAAGGAUGACGAAGCAUCCGAUGCACUAAUCAAGGGUGCUAGGAAAGUUGGUGAUGUUGCCGCAAGGGCUUUCCUUGAUGUGCAGUCAUUCCGUCUUGCUCUGGUGCCUUCUGAACAACGUGCGCUCGUUGUCGCGCGCAAAAACUCAGAUUCGCGCGAGGCGCUAAACGAGCUCACAGAUAUCCUCGACAUGGCCAUUCCUAAAGGCCGCACAGAGUUAUCCAAAGCUAGUGGUGAAAUUGGAGAUAUAGUUGAGCGAGAGAUGUUAGCAGCAGCAAACGCAAUCCAAGCGGCGACCGAGAGGAUACAAUCGAUGAUGCAUGCGGAAACCACGACGAGGUACUCCGGUCUAGACAAGAAUGUGCACGAUGCAAUACUCGAAGCGUCGCUAGCGAUAACGAAUGCGAUUGCUCGUCUCAUCCAGGCUGCUACAGAGUCUCAGAAGGAAAUAGUAGCCCAAGGACGUGGAUCUACCAUGUCAGCGCAGCAAUUCUACAAACGCAACAACAGAUGGACAGAGGGAUUGAUUUCAGCUGCCAAGGCUGUAGCGUUUGCGACGAAUCUUCUCAUCGAAGCCGCAGACGGAGUGUUGAAUGGGUCUCACUCACUCGAGCAGCUUAUCGUAGCGUCAAAUGAAGUGGCAGCAGCUACCGCACAGCUCGUCGCUGCGUCGCGCGUCAAGGCGAACUUCAUGUCCAAGACGCAGGAACGACUCGAAAUUGCCGCUAAGGCUGUCACUGAGGCGUGCAAAGCUCUCGUGCGCCAAGUCAAGGCUAUUUCAGCCAAGCAAGCACAAGACGCAGAUGGUCACGUCGAUUGGGCUAGUGUACCCACGCAUGAGUUCAAAGUCAGGGAGAUGGAGCAGCAGGUCGAGAUACUCAAGCUCGAGAAGGACCUUUCGUCCGCAAGGAGAACUCUAGGUGCUAUGCGUAGAGCCGGUUAUAGGAAUGAGGACGAAUGA